AUGACAGAAGAGGAAUCGGCAUCGACUCGCAAUAACGUUGAAGAAGUUCAUGGCCAACUGUUUGAAGUCGGACCUCGUUAUGUAAAUCUUUCGUACAUAGGAGAAGGAGCCUAUGGCAUGGUCGCUUCUGCCCUUGGACACAGUAACACCGAGAAGAGCGAGUUGCUAUCAAGAAAAUUUCCCCCUUCGAACAUCAAACGUUUUGUCAAAGAACAUUACAUUAUCAAUAUACAAGAAAUAAUCCGGUCGGUUUCUGUGGAGCAAAUGAAGGACAUUUAUAUCGUGCAAUGCUUAAUGGAAACUGAUCUGUACAAGCUGCUCAAAACGCAAAAGCUGUCCAAUGACCAUGUUUGCUAUUUCUUGUACCAGGUGAAUGUGCUGUUUAUUGUUGUCGAGAUUCUUCGCGGACUGAAAUACAUUCAUUCGGCGAAUGUCCUUCAUCGGGAUCUUAAACCUUCUAACUUGUUGCUCAAUACCACCUGUGAUCUCAAGGAAACCGUUCCGGUUCCAGUGAGUUCAUUGAUCCGUUUUAGGUGGUAUCGUGCGCCAGAAAUCAUGCUCAACUCCAAAGGCUACACAAAAUCCAUCGAUGUUUGGUCGGUGGGUUGCAUCCUAGCCGAGAUGUUGAGUAACCGCCCUCUCUUCCCGGGCAAACACUACCUCGAUCAACUAAACCUUAUCCUCGCUGUUGUGGGUUCACCUUCACAAGAAGAUUUGCAGUGUAUCAUUAAUGACAAGGCUCGAUCCUACCUGAUCUCCUUACCGCACAAACCAAAGCAACCGUGGUCCCGCCUCUAUCCAGGAGCAGACCCUCGGGCUUUGGAUCUUCUCGAGAAGAUGCUCACCUUCAAUCCACAUAACAGGCAAGUUUCUUUUGGCUAUAACUGUUAUAUUUGCUGUGAUCCAUGUUUCUCUCUUGAGCGAGGUACUGAUAGAAGGAUAUGA